GUGGAGUUGGUAUGUGUGGUGGGCUAACACUGGCUAUUGGGUUGUUGAGUGGCAACAAUGUCAUUUCACUCAUACCAACCUCCUUCCGCCUCUCAUAUAUACUUCUCGAGCUCGAUUUCCCAAACCCAUUCUCUGCCUUCCACAUCUCAUUUGAUCCCCCCUUUUCUGUUGCCGGUACUGAGAGUCCCAGAUCCGAUUAAAAAAAAAUGAAGGUGAUAGAUAAGAUCCAGUCUUUCUCACAGGACCAAGGGAAAGUGGUUUUUUCCUUUGAGUUCUUCCCUCCAAAGACUGAGGAUGGAGUGGACAACCUGUUUGAGAGAAUGGAUCGAAUGGUGGCUCAUAAUCCAUCUUUUUGUGACAUCACAUGGGGUGCUGGUGGUUCCACUGCGGAUCUCACUUUGGACAUUGCUAACAAGAUGCAAAACAUGAUAUGUGUGGAAACAAUGAUGCAUCUCACUUGCACCAACAUGCCUGUUGAGAAAAUUGACCAUGCUCUUGAGACCAUUAAGUCUAAUGGCAUUCAAAAUGUUCUUGCCCUUAGAGGUGACCCUCCUCAUGGUCAGGACAAGUUUGUUCAAGUCGAAGGCGGCUUCUCUUGUGCCCUCGAUUUGGUGAAACAUAUUAGAGCUAAAUAUGGUGACUUCUUUGGUAUAACAGUUGCUGGUUAUCCAGAGGCUCACCCUGAUGCUAUUGGAAGUAAUGGUGUAGCAACACCGGAAGCUUAUCAGAGCGAUCUUGCUUACUUGAAGAAGAAGGUUGAUGCGGGAGCUGAUCUUAUUGUUACUCAACUGUUUUAUGAUACUGAUAUCUUUCUCAAAUUCGUCAAUGAUUGUCGCCAAAUUGGAAUUACAUGUCCCAUUGUGCCUGGUAUUAUGCCCAUUAAUAACUACAAGGGUUUCGUGCGAAUGACUGGCUUUUGCAAAACUAAGAUACCGGAUGAGGUCACUGCUGCCUUAGAGCCUAUCAAGGACAAUGAUGAAGCUGUCAAAUCCUAUGGAAUCCACCUCGGAACAGAAAUGUGCCGCAAGAUUUUAGCUCAUGGGAUUAAGACGUUGCACCUUUAUACAUUAAACAUGGAGAAAUCUGCAUUAGCUAUACUAAUGAACCUUGGACUGAUUGAAGAGUCCAAAAUUUCUAGGUCUUUACCUUGGAGACGCCCUGCAAAUGUCUUCCGUGUUAAGGAAGAUGUUCGCCCAAUAUUUUGGGCUAACCGUCCGAAGAGUUACUUAUCUAGGACUAUUGGUUGGGAUCAGUACCCACAGGGGCGAUGGGGUGAUUCUCGAAAUCCAUCGUAUGGUGCACUAUCCGACUAUCAGUUCAUGAGGCCCCGUGCACGUGACAAGAAACUUCAGGAAGAAUGGGCUACUCCUUUGAAAAGCAUUGAUGACAUUCAAGAGAAAUUUAAAAACCAUUGUCUGGGUAAGUUGAGAAGUAGCCCUUGGUCCGAGUUGGAUGGUCUUCAGCCAGAGACAAAGAUCAUACAUGAACAGCUAGGAAAGAUCAAUUUGAAGGGCUUCCUUACCAUCAAUAGCCAACCAGCCGUCAAUGGGGAACGCUCUGAUUCUCCAUCUGUCGGUUGGGGUGGCCCAGGAGGGUACGUUUACCAGAAGGCUUACCUCGAGUUUUUCUGCUCACUGGAUAAAUUAGAUGCACUAGUGAAAAAGUGCAAUUCCUUUUCAUCAUUGACCUAUGUUGCUGUCAACAAAAAGGGGAAUUUGUUAUCAAACAUUGGCCUCACAGAUGUGAAUGCAGUAACUUGGGGAGUCUUCCCUGCUAAAGAAAUAAUCCAACCAACUGUGGUGGAUCCUGCCAGUUUCAUGGUGUGGAAGGACGAAGCAUUUGAAAUCUGGUCUCGAUCAUGGUCCGCCUUGUACCCAGAUGGUGAUCCUUCUAAGAAUUUGCUCGAAGAGAUUCAGAGCAGCUACUAUUUGGUGAGCUUGGUAGAUAACAAUUACAUGGAUGGUAAUAUUUUUGGUGUUUUUGAAGAUCUUUGAAGAUGAGAUUUGAGAUGUUAUUAUGCUGCAGUGCAGUGUUUUGCUUAUGCUUAUGAUUUAAUGUUUAUGUUGUCUUUCUCCUUUAUUAUUGUCUCUUCGUGGUUGAAUUUUCAAUUGUAACUUUAUUUGUAAUAAUGACUAUAUAAAGAGAAUUUAUAUCUUCAGAUAGAGAUCGUAAAA